UCCCUCCUGCUCCGGCGGAAGAGCGGCAGCUGCUGCUGCGGGAGCUGCCGGGGCCGCUGCAGCCCGGCAUGUCGGGGCGGUUCCUGCUGGAGAUCAGGCGCGGGACGCAGAGCGCGUUGCUGGUUGUCCGGCAGGCGGACCCUCCGAGCUCCGCGCUGGACGUGUCGGUGACCGAGGCCCGGCUGGAGGCGAGAAGCGACGAGGGCUGCGAGGCGGCGGCGCUCCCGGCGGGGCUGCGGCUGUCCCCGGGCUCGUGCCGCGGCCUGCAGCACCUCCGCGGCGAGGGGCUGCACCUGCGACUGCGCCUGCGCCGGGAGCCGCCCCGCGCCGAUUUGGUUUUUAAUUUGAAGGAAUGCCUGAAACCCCAGAAGAAUUACGUCUUUUACUGUCAGUCCUGUGGUGACAUCAUAGUAAAAGACCGGAAAUUCUGCAGAGUUCUUCCUCUACCAAGUGAAAACUGGAGUGCUUUAGUUGAUGAGUGGUGUUGCCACCCUGACCCCUUUGCCAGAAGCACUUUGCACCCUCAGCCUGAUGAUUGUUUUCUUGGAGACACUUUUUUUCUGUUGAAUUCAGGAAAUGAAUUACAUGUGCCUGAAUCUUCCACGUACUGCUCAGAGACUGGACACCAUGCUUCUCAGAGUGGCUCCAACUUGAAAUCGAAGGAAAAUACCCGAGUAAUUUGUAAGCGCUGCAAGACAAUGUUGGGAGAAACAAUAUCAUCAGAUACGAUGAAAUAUUAUGUCACUGAGGUGAUUAUUCAACCAUCUGAGGGAAGUUUCAGCCCAACACCAAGGUCUGAAUUUGUACAGAGCAUGGUUGCUCAGUGUCUUGUGGAAUUGUCCUCUGCUAAAAGCACUUUUAGAUUCACCGUGAAAGGAGAUAAUGGAAAAAUCUAUAUUCUGAUAUGGCUUUUAAAUUCUGAUACGUUGCUGGUGGAGUCUUCAGGAAGUUCUUCCUCAAACAGUGUUUCUGCACUGUUUGGAGAUAUUUUCAUGCCUAGUUCUGGACCAGUGGGGACCUGGAAUGCUGUCAAAGUCCUUUACCAGCCGUGCACCAAAAACAGGAAUAAAGACCUUGCUGAUGCAUGGGAAAAUGAUAUCGGAGUUCAUCCUCUAAGGUUUCCAUCAGAAACAUGUUUGGAAUUACUGCUGAUACUGGCUUUCAGUACCACCUCUCUGCCACCUUCACUUCGAUCCAUGAACUCUUUUCAGGUUGCCUUUUUGAAGAUGUGAAGAAUACAGAUACUGCUAUGGAAAACUAUUCUUAAAUUAAUAUUCAGCAGAAAUGUACAGAUAACUUCCGAUAGUGUGACUUCUAGAAAAAAACCCCAUUGGUAAUACAAAACAAAAUGGGAGUAUGAUGUGUUAUUCUUCAUAUCUGGAUGUGUUUCUAAACCAAAGACAGUUAACUUUUGCAUCCAGUAUAUUCUUAGCUGUCAUUCUAAAAGUGACUUACAUAUCACUCCUGUCACAUCCAGCUGAGAUGACUGUUAUGAUCUCUUUAUUGCCAAAAAGAAAUUAUCUGUGUAUCUCAGUAUUACCUUUAUCAUACUAUCAUGUUUGAUAGUGACUUGUGUGUCCUUAGGAAAAAUCACAACUGGUAGUAAAGAGAGAUAAUGUUAUGGAUACUAAUGUAAGUUCUUUACUUUCUUUGUUCUGGUAAAAGCUAGUUGUUCUGUUUUAAAAUAUAAAAUCUGGUUUUUGUCAAAUUUAUGUGCUUAUCAUGUAUAUUGUUUCCAUGUUAAGGUUUACCUUUCUUCCUGAGAGACAAGGAAGACAGUUUCUACAUUCCUAUGCCUCAUGCAGAAUUUUUUUUAAAUUGAUAAUGUUUUGGAGAAUCAAGGUUUUAUGGUUACUUUAUGGUCCUUCAACUUUAAAAGAGAACAUACUCAUGAAGGUUAGCCUUGUGGGAACUGCUGAAGAUGAAAGGUACUUGUAGCAAGUCAGUACAGCUAAAUUGUCCUUUGCUGUUGUGGAUGCCCGGCUGCCUAACAGAAGCUGUUAGCGGUUUCGGUUUCAGAGUGGAUUUCUCACUUAAUUGACAACAAUUUUUGUCUACCCUUGUGCAGGGGAUCAGGAUGACUUAAGUGCAUAGGCUGAGAAGCAGAAAAGAUGCCUUAUGUAUUUUUACCUCAAUUCUUGCUUAUUGGGGUGGACUGCUCUUGAACUGGAAGGAGGUGAUCCUUUAAUAUCAACCAACUCUCAAGGACCCCUCAUCCCUCCAGGGUCUUAUCCCAUACCUACCACGCUUAUCUGCAGUUUUCCUUAAACAACUGCUCUUGGCAAAUCAGUUGGAUUUGGAAUGGUUUGUCUGACCUGGUCUGACUAUUCUUGAGUUCUGAAAAUGUCUGUGGAAUAGUAUCCAAGCAGAAAAAAAAAAAAAAAAAAAGGAAAGAGCCUCUUUAUAUAGGCUGGCUUUUUCAAAAUCUGCCUUUAAACUCUGAAAAUAAAAAGGUGCUACCUUAUUGGAAAACAACUGUAUUUUGGGAGGAUGGAUUCUGAAAGAAAUAUUCUUGUUAGAGGAGUUCUUUGAAAACUACUGAAUUUCAAGGAAUACUAACAUGCCCUUUACACAUGAAAUAAUCAUAAUGUGGAAGUGACCCUGAAAAGUGUUGGAUGUGUUCUCUGUAUUUUACACAUCCAAAGAGAAGUAACUGAGGCCUCUCAGCACCUAGUCUGGAUAUUGUCUUAAUUUUAGUUUUCAGUAUUAAAGAACAAAAAUAUUCUGAGUUUUGUUUUCAGAGAUCAGGUUAUCUAGCUCCAUGAUAUUUUGUCUGUACACUGAUGUUUUGUUGUUUUUUGA